ACAAAGUACAAUAAGAUUUCAGCAGAUGAAAAUGAGGCACAAGCUGCAUCCAAUUUUUCGGAAGCUGUACAAGAUAAUAUGAAAGAUUUGACACAGCAUGGAAAUAUGUCGCAAGUCUCUUUGAAUCCUACAUCAAAAGCUAUAAAUCAUCUUAGUACUGUGCAGUGUAAAAAUAUAUUUAUGAAAACAAAAAGAAAAGAAGAUGGUAUUUUGAUAUCUACUAACGACGAAUGGAAAACUAAUAGUUUAGUUACAGAUCAGGCCAUCAUGCAUGAUAAAUUGACAAGGAAAUGUUGGAAGAAAAAUGAAACAAAAACACAAGUAACGACAAUAAUAAAUGAAUCAAGUACGGAUAAUAUAUCAAAGGAACAUUAUUAUAAGAGCAAGGAAAUUAUAAAAAGCAAGACAGUACAAAAAGAAAAAAAUCCACAGAAAACAUUGAAAACAAAGCAAAUAUUUUCAGAUUAUAUAUCUUUAUCAAAAAUGAAGAAAAUUUUGAAAAAGCAAACUUUUAACAAUGUACAAUAUGUAAAAGGAAAUCUUCGUGUGAAUCCUACUUCUUGUAAAUAUGCUUACUUACGUAUGGAAAAUGAUGAAGAGCGCGAUUUGUUAAUUAUUGGUACCCAUAACAGAAAUCGUGCUUUUAAUGGAGAUUUAGUUGUAGCGCAUGUAAAUCUUGAAAAAUAUUGGUAUAAAUUUCCCAAUGGGCAAAUACAAAAAACUGGUAAAGUUGUUUGUAUAUUAGAGAAAGUACAUUCAAGAAGAGCAAUUGGAUACUUGAGAAAAAAAGAUUCCCUUGUACUGUUUCAUCCAAAAGAUCAAAGAAUACCAUUGGUAGUUCUUGAAUCGAUACCAUCUUUAUAUCAUAGCCAACCUGAGCUUUACAAGAAUAUGAUGUUUCUUGUUAAUAUCGAUUCCUGGGAACAGUUAUAUGCAUCUGGACGAAUUCUUUCGGUAGUCGGUGAAACUGGCGAAAUAGAAACAGAAUUACAGGCAUUAAUACUUGGACAUAAUUUAGAUGUAUCACCAUAUCGAAAAGAGUUAUUGGAAGAACUGCCAGGUAGUGAUUAUAUUUUAACAGAUGCUGAUAUAAAGGAUAGGGAAGAUUGGAGGCAUGAAUGUAUUUUCACGAUAGAUCCUGCAACAGCUAUUGAUAUGGAUGAUGCCAUUUCUUGUAAAGUCUUGGACAAUGGAAACUAUGAAGUUGGAGUGCAUAUAUCGGAUGUUACACACUAUUUAAAAUUUUUUUCCCCGCUAGAUAUGGAAGUUUCUAAACGAGCUACUAGCAUUUAUUUGCCACAUACCACAUACCACAUGUUACCUGAAAAGCUCUGUCAAAUCUGUUCCUUAUCAGCUGGUGAAGAUAAAUUAGCUUUUUCCAUAAUCUGGGAAAUGACAUCAGAUGCUGAAAUUGUGAAACAUCGUUUUGCAAAAACUGUAAUAAGGUCAUGUUGUCAAAUGUCCUAUGACAUGGCUCAAGCCAUGAUUGAAAAUCCAGGAAAGAGUCAGUUCAAAGAUUUUCUCGAUACAAAAGGAAAUUACACAAUGUCGUCAUUGUCCAAUAUAGUGAAUAAUUUAUUUAAAUUAUCCAAUCAAUUGCGAAAUAAACGAUUUGAUAAUGGUGCACUCAGGUUAGAUCAACCAAAGUUACAGAUAUGUAUGGAUACCAUGCUCAGUCAAGAACACAAAAUCCCAAUGCCUGUAAAUUAUCGUCUAGAGGAAAAGAAAGAUAGUAACAGUCUUAUAGAAGAAUUUAUGCUGCUAGCAAACAUAACAGUUGCUGUAAAAUUGUAUACUGCAAUUCCUGAAACAGCUUUAUUACGUAUUCAUAGAGAUCCGUCCAAAUAUUCUCUUAAUACAGUUUGUGAUACAUUGCGAAAAUAUGGAAUUCAUUUGGAUGGCGAAACAGCUAAAAACUUACAGGCCAGCAUCCGUCGCUAUGAUCCAGAAUAUAAUGCUACCUUAGUUAAUAGUUCUAUGAAAUACAUUAUGAUGGUUAUCAUAAAUUUGUGUUCAAAAUCUAUGACGGUAAGAGUUUUUAUAGGUAUUAAUAUUUUUUA